AUGGAUGCUCCCAAAGAAGUUCAGCCUACAGGAGAGUUCAUGUGCCAGCUAUGUGGCUUAACAGCUCCAUACACAUACUAUGGGCAGAAGCCACCAAACACACGCUCUAUUGUACUUUUGGAAGAAAGCUAUGUCAUGAAGGAUCCUUUCACUCCUGACAAGGACAAAUUCCUCAUCCUUGGGUCUCACUGCAGUUUGUGUAGCAGAUCAGUGUGCGUUGGUACAGAAUGUAGUCUGUUCUACUCCAAGAGGUUCUGCCUCCCCUGUGUGAAUGAAAACCUAAAGGCCUUUCCUUUGGAAAUACAAGAAGAUCUGGAUAAAAGGAAGCCCCAACAAAAAUCCUUCCCCUGUAAAAAAACGGAUACAAGAACAUAAAUACUGACG